ACUUCAACAUCUCGUAAACGAACCCGUGCUACACCAGAACAACUUGAAAUAUUAGAAAAGACGUUUACCAUAAAUCCUAGUCCAAAUAAUCGUAUAAGAGAACAAUUAUCUCAUGAAUUAGGCAUGUCGGAACGCUCUAUCCAAAUUUGGUUUCAAAAUAGAAGAGCAAAAGUUAAAAAUGAAGCCAAAAAGAAUACAUUACUUCAUGAUGAGACAUUAAAGAUGCAAUAUUAUGCUUCUACUGCUGCUAUUGCUGCAUGUCAAGCUGCAGUAUUUUACCAGCAAGAAAGGAAUAACGAAUUAAAGAUUGUAGAAGAUCCAAUCAAGAGUAACCCAAACCUUUAUUAUUAUUAUUAUUAUUAUUACUUUAAUCAACAACAAUCACGA